AUGGGUUGCGCAAGAGAUGAAAAUGAUGGCGGUGGAAGGGAAGAACAACAAGUGUGUAGCGAAGACUUUGACAAGAUUAUCAAUGACUCAAUGGCAUACGUAGUGGAAGCAACAAAUAAAAAAAAUAUAAUGCAAGUAAAAAAUGAACUCGAAUAUAUUAAGAAUAUAAUUCACCAUGAUAUCAUCAGAAUUUUAAAAAAAAAUGUACAGGAAUUUAUGUGUCUCCCGUCCAAUUUAAAUAUGAUGGAAAAAAUGAUGCCCUUGUUAAAGAAAGAAGUGGAAUUGUCCAAAACGUUUGUUCACGUACUGUUAAAGGAAGUGGUCCAUAUCCAUACAAAUAAUUAUAAACUCCUGGAAGAGAAAAUAAAUAUGUCGUUCUUAAAAAACGUGUUGAAGAAUAACGUACAGGUUGAACAACUACUGAUUAAGUUACAAAAAAAAAUAAAAAUGUUAAAACAAAACAAACAAUUUUUAUCACUAAUCAGUAUGUACAAUGAGUUGCACAGAAGGAAUUUUAACUUUGAGACAAAAAAACAGUUCCUUAUCGAGCAUCUUAGCAUUAACAACUUUAAUUUUUUCUUUUACGUAAUCGAAAAAAUUGUUAUUCUUGCCAAGGAAACGUGGGAAGUAAAGGCACUGCUAUAUAAUAAUUACAAAAGCAUCUGCAAAAUAACUACCUCAUUACGUGCCUGGAAUAACCUCCUCGAUAAAUAUGGGAGAGCAUCCGAAUGUAGUGAAGGCGUUAUACUUUCUGCUAAAAAUAACUCCAUUAAACAUAUGAACGAAUGUUUAAGAAAGAUUGUUAUUGAGAUUGGUCAUCACCUGCAUCAGCUGUCUUAUGUGUUCCUCAGUGUGGUGAAGGAUGCCCUCCCUGUGAACUGCAGGAACGACACCAGUAGCAACUUCAUCAUGGACCAAUGUCUACAUGGAGUUGUUAUUGCAUCUUACUUGCUCAACCAGAUGGACUCCUUCAUUGAUUUGUUCCGUGAGAUUUUUGUGGAUGACUUGGCACACCUCCCGUUCGAGUCCUACGACGCCUUCCUCACACACGUCAAAAGGCACCUAUUGGAAGACGAACGCGUCGCCGAGAUAAACAGGUGCGUAGACCAAGUAGACCCCGGUGCGCUGUUCUGCGCCAAGGGAAUUGUGCAGAGCCUACUGCAAAUUAUUAAGGGGAAAUUCCAGGAAAUUUUUCUCCUCACCCAUUGUGACAACUUCAUCGAAAAUUACACCAAAACAGCUAGCUUUCUGAACGAAAUAAAAAAAAAAAAAAAAAAAAAAUAUGAACAGUUCAUAAUUUCUGAGCAUGUUCAUAAUUUUUUAAAAAAUUUCGAAAGGGAAGCAUACGCACAGUACAUCCUCAAUGUGCUGGAAAAUAAGAUAAAUGAAAAUUGUAAAAAUGUCAUAUUGUUUGAUAAAAAAUAUAUAUUUGAUGAUAAGUUCUAUUGGCUAAAGGAAACCAUCAAUUUGAUUAAAAUCUUUAAAAUUCUGUUUACGAGCAAGUACUACAUUCCAAGUUCACUUCCGAAUUAUUUGGCCUUUAUUUUUAAGCACUUUAAAAAUUACAUAGACAAUGUAGAAGCCUUUUUGCUUUUCCUGCGAGAAAAUCGGAACGCCAAGAUUUUUGGUACGGACAGAACGAGAUUCAAUUGGAGCCCCACGCUCAGCUACAACAGCGUGGGAUUCAUCUUGUCCGACUUGAUAUCCCUACGGAGGAUAUUUCAAGUCGGGAGAGGAGCGCGGGCGCUUUUGAAAAGAGGCAAACUGGGAGAAAGCAUUGCGGUAGAAGGGAAAGAAAUCAACUCAGUGGGAGUAGGCGGUGGAGCUUCCGCGAUGGACGGAGCGGGGGAGGAGACUCGUUCUGCACUUCCGAAACACGAGAACAACAUCAUGGGAGAUAUUCCCACUUGGAUGUUCACAAAAAUAUUAUCUGACUGCGGAAGUGUGUAUUUUGAGGGAGAGGACAGUGAUGUGGACAGUGAUGUGGACAGUGAUGGGGGCACAGAUGAGUACGCGGAUGAGUACGCGGGUGGGGAUACAGAUGAGUAUGCGGGUGGGGAUACAGAUGAGUAUGCGGGUGGGGACACAGAUGGGUACGGAGAUGGGAACAACUCAUCGAGGGAAAUCGACCACGCUUCUUCUUGUUCAUCCUCCACCUGCUAUGAAAGUAUCAAGGAUGUCGUCAAACAGGAGAUGGGAACCCCGUUUGAGAAGUGGCAUCAAUGGCUCAGCGUCGAAGGUGAUCUGUGUUACCCGUCAAAGGAUAUCGAACUGGCCACCCAGAUGAAGAACAAAGAGACCCAUGAAGAGCGUGCUGAUGUUCAUCAGGAGGAUAACGAAAAGCUUGACCAAUACCCACAUGGACAAGUCCACAUUUAUGGCAACUAUAACCAUGGACAGGAUGCGAUCACUGAAGAGAAGAUCAAAGUUAAGGACAAUAGUUCCACCUCCCCGGGGAGUGAUACGGAGCUACACAAACUGAGGAAAGAAAACAGAAACAUUAUGAAGGAAAAAAGAAAACAAAUGAAGAGCCAUUUACAAUUGUGCAAAAAAAAAAAAAAAAAAAAAAUAGAAAACCAUGUAAAUUGUAUUGUAGGUUUUCUAAGAACCAUAUCUGAGAUUAUCCUAAACACAGAAAAGGCAUUUCAGAAUUUUUUUAUAGACAAGAUGUUUCAUAUAUGUUCCAGCUUUUUAAUUUAUUUGCACUCCCUCCUGGUCAUCUACAAAAUGACUAACAAUCGGAUCCCUGAAAAGCCUAGUGAGCAGGUGGAGAAGAUUCUCCUCCCUCUCAUUUCUUUUAAAACGUUUUACGAAGAUAUUAUCUCGCAGGCUAUUAUCGAGGAUAUUAUAUCGAAAAUCGUAGAUCGGAUAAACGAUUACUAUCUUCAAGAGAUAAAGAAUCUCCUUCACAUCAAAAUUGAUGAGCAGAACAAGCGUAUCAUGAAGCUCAACCUGCAGGAUUCCUUAAAAGAUGGGGACACCCCGUACGAGGAAAAAAUACGAAGGCAAAUUCAUUUGGAUGUUUGCCACUACGCGAAAAUGUGCGAAGAAAACUUCAAAAUAAACACAGAAACGAGCGCAAGUAUGAAAGCAUUAGUAAGUCACUUGUCAUUUAAGGAGUAA